AUGUCGUUACCGACAGGAAAGUUCGCGAUGGAUGAUGCCAACGUUCGUCCAAAGCGUGUCGAAUCCCUCAAUUAUGGUGAAGGAGGCUUUCAUCCCAUACACCUCGACGAUCUCUUCAAGCAUGAUCGCUACAAGAUCAUACACAAAUUAGGACAUGGAGGAUUCGCAACUGUAUGGCUUGCGCGAGAUACUAAUAGGGAAAGAUAUGUUGCCAUGAAAGUUCUUGCAUCACGAUUGUCACGUGGCUCACCAGAAGUGGAAAUUUUACGUAUGAUGAAAAUGAGUCCGGAACACAUCGGAAAGUCUCACGUAAUGUCUUUGUUAGACCAUUUCUUCCAUACAGGUCCGAAUGGAAGGCAUUUAUGUCUGGUUUCGGAAGUCGGAGGUCCUAGCAUCAAGCAGUUCAAUGAAUGUCCUGGUGAAUACAAAGGAAGUCGGCGUUUGGAAGCUUCUGUGGCACGGAAUGUUUGCUUACAGGCUAUAAAUGGCUUGAACUACAUUCAUACUACCGGCAUCGUUCAUGGAGAUGUCACUCCUGCCAAUAUUCUGUUACAACUUGCCAAUAUCGACGAAUGGACCGUGGAUCAAAUCUACGAAAGACUAGGUGUUCCACAAAAACAGGAGAUUGUACACGACAGCUCUAGUCUUUCUGUAUCAGAAUCUUCCUUUCCCGAUUAUACGGUUGUCGCAAUCAAUAUGAAGGAGGUCGAUCCCAACUGGUUAUCCGAUGAGAUUAUAAUAAUCGAUUUUGGUAUCGCCUUUCUUCAGAAAAGCCCAUCCCACGAUAUUGGUACUCCUAAAAGUUACUGCGCACCUGAGUUCUUAUUCGGGUUUUGCCGAAGUAUUGCUUCAGACAUAUGGGCUUUGGGAUGCACAAUAUUCGAAAUUCGUACCGGAUCUCGAUUGUUCAAAUACAACGGCGUCCCGACAGGAGAUGAGGUACUGAUAGCUAUAGUGAAGCUUUUAGGAACUCUUCCUGAUGAAUGGUGGGAUGUAUGGCAAGAAGGUCUUGAAUGGUAUGAAACACAAACCGAAAUUGCCAGAGGAUCAACAGGAAAUAUGCUUCAACAAAUAAUGGAGACUGGCGCCCACGAUGGGGAUGUUCCUCCUCAACGAAACAAACGUAAGGAUGAAGCUUUGGUGGAUGUCGAAAAUUUCAAAAAGCAUUCCGUCCACAGCAUGCUUGACAAAACAGACCAACUUGUAGCGAUGGCCGAGAAUUUGAGAUCCAGCGAAGCAGGUGAGGUUUUGAGACUGGUAAAUGAUCCCGGCCAAGUAAUGACCGGCUCUGGUUCCAAUGAAGGCAUAAAAAGUCCGGGUUCGGGAUCAUCAAAUCCAAAGAGUUCCGAGGCUAAGAGCUCAGGAGCCAAGAGUUCCGAGGCUAAGACUUCAGAGGCCAAGAGUUCAGAGGCGAAGAGUUCAGAGGCCAAGAGUUCAGAGGCCAAAAGUUCAGAAGUCAAAAGUUCAGACGCCAAGAGUUCAGAAGCCAAGAGUUCAGAAGCCAAGAGUUCAGAAGCCAAGAGUUCAGAAGCCAAAAGCUCAGAGAAGACUCCUUCCUCUGAGGGUAUCUCGACCGGCCUUUCCAAAUGGAAGCUUCCCGCAAUUUUGCCUGACAUGCCAGAGGAGUCUCAGACCAAUGCUCCUGAACAAGUAAACGUAUACGAAAGUGUGACUGGUAAUCCGAAUCAGGAGAUAGUACCUUCUAUCAAGGUCGAACUAACUUUUGGCCCUGCCCAUGUCCAGAGUUUCCUUGAGCCUUCUGGGUUUAGAAUAUCUACUGCUGAAGCCCAAUCCCUUGAAAAUUUACUUCGAAAGACUCUGAAAUACCUGCCUGGAGAACGUAUCACUGCUUCGGAACUAUCAAAACAUAUCUGGCUCUCAGAUGUUCCUACCGAGACCGAUCUAACGGUAGCCUCAGUUAUAAUUCCUGCUAAUUGA